AUGCAUGCCCAGGCAUCACGCUCCGACACGCUUACCACCUUCGACGACUUCACCGUGCCACCGGCCCCGAGCUCAGUUGGUGAGCCCAAAGGCAUAGACUUGGUACAGGGUGGCUUCAGUGGACUGUACAGUCGCCUGAGAGCUUCUGUAGGAGGCGUCAGAGAACAAUCACAAGAUGGCAGGAGCGGGACUUCGCCGGCCUCCAAGUCAGCGGCUGUCACUCGAAGCCCAGGGGGGACUUCCGUGUCCUCACCCGUUGUCACCUCUAGGCCGUCGUCGCGCAUGCAAUCUCCAGCAACAGCCAACUUCCCCGACGCCCUGCCUCCCUCCCGCGACUCCAAUAUAUCUAGUACCACGCUCUCCAGUAAGACGUCCAUGAACGCGUCUAAGGCUUCCCUCGGUACUGCACGGUCCCGGAACUCAAUGACCCCGAGCGUCGACACGGGGCAUACAGCAAAACACGACGAAUCCUCGAUUCUGAGCCCUAUGGGCCCCCACUCUAGGAGCCAGAGCACCUCCACCAUCGACUUACCAAGAAGCAACACACCGAGAGAUCCUGCGCUAGGAGCCCAACGGCUAGAUUCCCCGCGCUUCGCUCCAAACCGGGACAACGUUGCUAGGAGACAGAAGGGCGACUUUGACCUUGCAGGUCAGGAGAGUGACGAUACCGAUGACGAUGAUAUGGUGCUCGUGAAAGGCGAAGGUCAAGCGGGUGAUAGCGUGACUUUCAAGGCCGGGUCAGACACCCCGCGCGAAAGUCUGAGCAGGGUCAGCUCCCGCGCCGACAGCCAAUAUCAACCCACCCGCUCUGCGCCUAACAAGCCAAGGGAACAGCCUGAGAAGUCCCCAGAGAGGAUUCAACUCGGUCGCAACAACACCGCUAGCUCCCAAACUACUAUACACGCACCGGAGCCGCAGCGUCCCCCCAUGCUCCAUGUCGGUCCUUCACACCUCCCAGGCUACCGGCCUUCCAGGGCCUCUUCUUCUGACGGGUUGAGCUCUAUCAUCACAACUUCCACGAUACGCACUCCUGCUGUUGCGCCUAUCGAAGAGAUUCAGCGACAAGCCCAGGCUGCGCCUGCGGUACACAACAUGUCAAGAAGUACCUUUACUCAAAUGCGAAGAAAGAUCCUAGACCGCGAGUUUUGGAUGCGAGACGAGAAUGCUAAAGCUUGUUUCAGCUGCGGUGAUGCUUUCACUACUUUCAGACGUAAGCAUCACUGCCGUACAUGUGGGCAAAUCUUCGAUUCCAAGUGCACGUCUAUCGUGUCAGGUAAGAUAUUUGGACAGCAAAGCAACCUGAAGGUGUGCAAACCGUGUGAGGGUAUCAUAUAUGGCCACGACGAUGACUCGUCCGACUACACUGAUGAUGGCGACCAAGGUUCCCUUUACGACAACGGGGACAGGACUCAGUACUCGGACGAUGACGAAGCUGAUCAUGUUGAGAGUGAUCAUACAAAGAUCGGAACACCGACCAUCAGCAUCCCCAUGUCUCGGAAGGUGGGCAGUGAAAAGAAACGCCGGUCACAUGUCAUAGAACUUGGUCCUCAAACUUUGACCCGUCCGAGCUCGUCGCGAUCUCUGCGGUCUCUGGGCGGGAGACCCCGUUCGUCGAGCCACAAACGACACCCUUCCAAACACCAACACAUGCGUAAUGUCAAGCAUGACGAUCGCGCGCCCUUCCAUCAGUUUCACGAUAACUCACGCAGUCAACCAAGCCUGUCGGCCUUCCACCACGAUAACAUCAUCGACCCAGAUCUUGCUCCCUUCAUGUCGGACGAGGGCUCAAGCGAAGAAGAUCAUGCCAGCAUCUUCGCGACUCUGAGAGAGGAUCCUGCGGCUGGCGCGAAUUUGGACCAUGAAAGGGGUGGUUUAGGUGGUCUGUUGGCAGCCAUGAGAAAAGGAAAGUCAAGGGCUGGUGAUAGAAGUGUCAUAGGCGCGGGUCAUGCUCGAGAUGCAGAUAACAUUAGCAUCACAAGUCGCAACGGAAAUCGACCGUCCCGACGAAGGAAUCUGAGCGUAAGCAGCAUAACUCACCGCGCCUCCCCAAGGCGAUCGAAAAGCAACACCCUGUUAAGACCUUAUACCGGCUACGGCGGUAGCGGACCGGGAACACCACAACUCCAGCCGUCCCCUUCACCAACACCACCCGGAGGGAGAAUCACCCGUAGCGCAUCAAUGCAGGGUAUGACACCCAAGGUCGAACUCAACAAGGCCAGUCUGGAUCAUGCACGAAAGCUCCUGAUACAGAUGUUGAAUGACGCUGGAGUACCGCACGCGUCCAGUUGGGAAAAGGCCUUGAUCCCGAUCUUACGACAGUGUACAGAUGACGUCAAUCCUGAUGUAGAUAGAGGAGAUGACAUCGACGUGAGGAACUAUAUCAAGUUGAAAAAGAUCCCGGGUGGUAAGCCAAAGGACACCGCAUACGUAUCGGGAGUGGUCUUUACCAAGAACGUUGCCCUGCGGAGUAUGCCGCGCAAUAUACCCAACCCAAGAAUCGCCAUCAUCACUUUCGCUAUUGAGUAUGCGCGACACCAAACACACUUCAUGAGCCUCGAGCCCGUCAUUGCCCAGGAGCGGGAAUACCUUCGUAACCUCGUAAGUCGUAUCGCAGCUCUCCAACCUCACGUCCUGCUCGUACAACGUAAUGUGUCUGGCUUGGCACUCGAAUUUCUGGAGAAAGAGGGAAUUGCCGUAGUCUACAACGUCAAGCCUACAGUACUGAACGCCGUCGCGCGAUGCACAAAUUCGAAAAUGAUCUCAUCCGUCGACAAGUUGGCCAUAGACCCAACCCAUCUUGGGUCUUGCGGCAGGUUUGAUGUCAAGACCUAUGUGCACAAGAAUGCGAGGAAAACCUACAUCUUUUUGUCUGGGUGUCAGAAAGAACUCGGCUGCACAAUUGUUCUACGAGGUGCCGAGAGUCAUAACCUGGUCAGGUUGAAACGCGUUACUGAGUUCAUGACAUAUGUCGUGUACAACCUUCGGCUCGAGACUUGCCUGAUGCGCGACGAAUUCAUAGAUACACCAACAGCUUCUAUUACUGGUACUCUCGCCUUGGACCGCCAAGAACAAGACGGCUCACACACUCAAAGCGGUGGAGACGAUACCGCUUCCCAUCCUACUAACGCGCUGCAUGGUGGAAACGACCUGCGAUCCAGCGAUGCUGCACCCUCCUACUAUAGCGAUAUGGUUGAAAACCACCGAACAAAGAUCCUCUCUUCUUCGCCAUUCGUCAAGUUCAUGCAACCUUAUCUGCUCGAACAGGCCCGCCAAUACGAAGCAAAGCUUGGUCAUCUGAAGAAGCUCAAGAACCAGUACACUGCUGAUGAAAGUGACGAAAAGCCCGGUGAAAUUGGCCAGAAGUUCGAACUCGUACAGCCCGAGAUGGUCCACACCGUGGUGGAGAAGGCUUCAAAGCAAGUUCGGGAAUUUCUAUCUGCAGUGCAUGCCUCAGAAUACGACAAGGCAUUGAAUCAGUACCUGACACAAAAGCGACAGUGGGAGCAGUAUCUCUCGGGUAACACGGAUCUUUACGACCCGUUCAACCACCAGAAGAUCGCCGUACUAUACAGUGUUGUCAAUACUGUGACCUCGACUCCCUGCAUUGGCCCAGAAAUCAUUGCGCUUGGCUUUUACCAAGAACAUGAUUAUGAUGACGGCUUCACGCCAGACUGCACAUUAGGCCAAUACGUGGAAGACCUGUGCACUUCAGCCAGUGUCGCUUGUGAAGUGGGCAACUGCGACCGGAGAAUGCUCGAUCAUUCUCGGCAAUAUGUGCAUGGAGAGGGUCAAAUGACGGUCAUUGUCCAGAAGCACCCACCGAAGCUGAAAGGCAUGUAUCAAACCAUUCUCAUGUGGAGCUGUUGCAGAAUAUGUGGCCAGGAAACCCAAGCUUUUCCUAUGUCGGAGUGGAGUUGGAGAUACUCUUUUGCCAAAUACCUCGAGUUGACUUUCUGGAGUACCAAACUGCACCCACGAGCGGGUAUAUGUCCCCACGACAUUCACAAGGACCACGUCCGCUACUUCGGCUACAGCAAUGUUGCUCUGCGUAUACAGUAUGACCCCGUACCGAUGUACGAGGUCAUCGCCCCCAAGCCGAAUGUGACCUGGAAAGUGGAUAGCGACCUAAGGUUAAAGAAUAGCCAAUAUCUGAUGAUCGAGGAGAAGUUGGACUGCUUCAUGGACUCGCUUCGCGCUCGCAUCCAGGGGAUACAUGUCGAAGAUGUCAUUCCAGAGAAGGUGGAUGUUUGCCGCAAGGAAGUUGAGAUACUUCUAAAACGCGCGAACGAGGAACACGAGUGGCUGAAAUCCAAACUCCAAGACAAGUACAUGAACUCCAAAUACUACGAGAUCAUCCCCAUGAAUCGCGCCAUUCGCGCCAUUCAGGAAAAGGCAAUCGCCUGGGAUGUGACUUUCCUGGAGUUUGAACAGCAGUUCUUCCCGUCCGAGCGAGAUAUCAGGAGGUAUGCGAACAUGCAACUGAAGAGAUUCUUGGAGCGGGAUGAGUCUACGAGCUCUUUGGCAUCUGUGGACGAGGGCGGGGAAUCAGGUGCGGACGAUUCCUACAUUGAUGAGAAGGAUGAGUCGAUUGCGUUAUCGCCGAGACCAUCUAAUCUGUCACCAGAAAUGGCCCGCGACAUGUUAAGCUCCGUUGUGAAAGAAGAGAGUUCGACUAGCGAUCAGCCUGCGGAUGGGGGAGAACAGACGUCUGGACCCACCACGCCCCCUCUGACCAAGCCUAGUUCAGAUUUGCCAAUCCAGACCCCGCGAGAGGCACUUGAACGAGAAGACGUCCGUCAUUUGGAUCUUGCAGUGCCCUCCAACUAUCCUGAGACACCUGCAGUCGGCAACGAAGAACUCACCAAGACACCAACUGUUGCUUCUGAUCCUAACAAGUACGAUGAAGGGUCGCCUACACCUACCAGUCUUCCGAGGGUAAAUCCGAUUGAUAAGUCGCUUGCUGAAGCGAUUGAGAACAUGCCGAGUAGCCCAUCACCAUUGCCGUCAGCUUCGAAUAUCACAGCUGAAAGCAAAAUCCCGCGGCUGGUCGAGCCCGGUCGACGUGAGACGCCGGCCCGGCCAACAGCACUUGUGAGAACACAAUCUCAGCCUGGAAAUAUUGCUAAACAUAUCGGCCCUUUCCCAGGCUCAUCGGUCUCCAACAACGGGCCCACUAGUCCGAAGCCGAACUCCAACGACUCUACAAAGGCUUUUGAGCGUAUGACAGAACGACUUGGGCUAGGGUUGUCUACCCCAAAGCAACCCAAGUCCUCAUCUCGCAUACCUCGGUCGAUACCUUACAAGAGCCAAAACAAGGUAUCGAAGAUUGCGCAGCAUUUCGAACAGCUGUCACGAGAAUUUCAGAACCAGCGUAUGCGCGAGAGACGUAAUGAUCGAGCUAGGCAAGUGCGCGCGUUCCCACUCGCCUCCUCUAAGCCGGUUGUUGAGGUGUACAAAAACGUUCAUGACGCUGUACAAGAGAAUGAAGAUUCUGAUGAAGAUCUGCGUACUCCAACUCCUCCUCGGGCGAGUCUAGACAACAGUACACUUGGCGACAGCACUUUCACAGAGCACACAGGUGACACAACAGCGUCACAAUCACCGGUGGAGAGGCGACACCCUCAUGAUGAAAUGGCCCAACUUCCCAGCAGCGAUGAGUCACCCAAGUCGCCAAGCCACUUCCCAUCAGAUCCCGAGAAUGACAUCAGUGAUACGGAGACGACGCCAGAAGACAUUCCUCUACCGGAAAGCCUCGCAGGUUCUCAGCUUCUGAGUCUAAGUGACUCGCAGCUGGAAAACUCUCUUGAGCUCCCCAAACAUGAGAAGAACACGUUACUCAAGAUUCUUACCAGUUUCUGGUCCGAGCGAUCAGCAAGUGGAUGGACACCGCUUGAAUAUCCAUUCUCACAGAUCGAGCACGUCUGGGAGAACUCGGAUAUCAUCAUCCGGGAAGACGAACCCAGUUCCAUCAUCGCAUUGGCGCUUUCGUGUCCCGAUUAUGUUGCCAAACGACAAACUUUCCGCGAUUUUACUUCAAGUGAUGGCGUUAUGGAAACAUUUGAAGAGUCAGUCGAACGAAACCUGCUGCAUGAAGAAAACCACAACAUCCGCUACAGUUUUACCAAUCGCGGGGUAAAGGCGCACUGCAAGAUAUUCUACGCCCAAUCUUUCGAUGCACUCCGCCGCAAAUGCGGUGUGGCAGAACGGUUUGUGGAGUCCCUCUCCCGCUGUUCGAAAUGGGAUUCUAAGGGCGGGAAAUCCAAGUCAAUCUUUCUGAAGACCCUCGACGACCGAUUCGUCCUAAAGUCACUCUCUCCAGUCGAAGUUCAAGCAUUCUUCAAGUUCGGCCCCAACUACUUUGCCUUUACGCACCAGAAUCUCUUCAAAUCGCUACCCAGCGUCAUCGCCAAGAUGUUUGGCCUUUUCCAAGUCCAGAUCAAGACACCUACCGGUCGUGACUUUGACUGGUACAUGCUUGUUAUGGAGAACCUAUUCUACGAUCGCGAACCGAAUCGCCGCUACGAUCUCAAGGGCAGUAUGCGCAAUCGCAAGAUUCAAGCCACUGGCGAACGAGAUGAAGUUCUUCUCGACGAGAAUCUUGUUGACAUCAUCUACUCUGAGACACCGAUCUUCGUCCGUGAGCACACCAAGAAGUUGCUCAAAGCAAGUGUGUUCAACGAUACGCUUUUCCUAUCACAGAACAACGUUAUGGACUACUCUCUCAUGGCAGGGUUCGAUGACACACAACGCGAGAUCAUCGUAGGCAUUAUCGACUGCAUUCGCACCUACACCUGGGACAAGAAGCUAGAGAGCUGGAUCAAGGAUCGUGGCAAGAACAAGCCUACCAUCACGUCACCGCGUGACUACAGGAACAGAUUUAGGAUUGCGAUGGAAAAGUACAUCCUCCAAGCGCCCAAUUGCUGGCAUCAAUUCAGUGGUAGGCUCGUUGGACAGAGCGUCGAUGGACGAAGGGCGCUGGUUGAAGGAAGGAGCAGUAUGGAUGCUGGGCACAAGAGGGGUGUCAGCGGUAGUAGUGCGGCGGGAUCGAGUACGGUAAUGGACAUGGGACGCACAUUGGCGUAUGGUGAUGGCCGUAAUGCUCGGAGGGCAUGA